AUGGCGGUGACGGUGGUUCUUUCGGUGGUGAUGGCCCCAACGAUCAUGGGGGUGCAUACGGUGGUGGUUUUGGAGGGCAUGGACACGGUGGUGGACCACCCAGUGGCCCGCCCGGCGGCCGGCCUGGUGGUGGAGGCCCUCCUCACGGGAGUGGCCCGCCCGAUGGUGGCCUCGAUCCGCCGAGCAUCAGGCCCACAGGUCGACCGAGCGGGAAUGAUACUUUCCAGUGCGAGCGCUGUACCGGAACGUUCCCGACCACCGUGCGACGGCCGUGCAUCUCUUGCCGAUUCUCGUGCUGCAACGGAUGCUGGGAAUCCACCUGGUCCUAACGAUACGGGAUCCGGUGGACCCAAGGGCGAUGGAUCGCUGAGCGAGGCUAAGAAGGCGAAGUGCAAGUCCUUCCGACUCGACCCCGAGCCGGAGCCCGCUCAGCUGCGACGCUGGAUCGUCGAUAUGAAGGAGCGAGUUGCAAAUGCAUUCGCAUACGAUCCCGGAUACGCACUCUCAUGGGUUGAGAUUCCCGAUGGUACGCGAUAUAAAGAUCUUCUUGAUGAGUGCAAGUACGGAAUGCUUGAAAACGAAUGCAACUCUGCAUUCCGUGAGUGUGUCAAGUCCAUUGCACUGAAGAAUAAGAUCCAGACCGAAACCGAGCGCAUGCAUACGAUAAAUCGGCUGGAAGCCUUCUCCAAUCGGUGGGAUCAUGUUCUCGCUGGUAUCUCAGUCGAUCGCCCCGAAGAUCCUGUUCUCUGCGCCCUCUUCUAUGAGCAGGUGCGUGAGUUCCGCUGUCUCGAGCUCGAUAUGCAGUUGUGGGACAGGGACGUGUCUGUUCGGAACUACGCAUAUCUGCGGACCGUCUGCGUCAAUGCGAUUACAACCUGGCGCCGACGACGCAACCAGGAGAAGAUGUACACCGCUACACGAUCCACCUCUGCGCAAAGACGAUAUGCUGCACCUGCGCAUGGCGCACGUCGCCCAGAGGCGAUACUCGCGCAGUCCGGGAAGGGCAGCUCCUGCACCUACACGUCCUGCAUCACGAUCUCCACGAGGAGUCUGGUAUUUGCUUCUACUAUGCGCGUGGAAAUUGCACGAGAGGCAAUGACAGCAUCCUCCAUUGGAGACUUUGCGUUCGCUUGUGCUGCAUCAUUCGAUAUGGCAUGUCCGUCAGUCAAGCGGAAGACAGUAUCGUUUGGGAAUACUGAGACCCGCGUGAUUGAGUCUUCUUUCCCGGAGCCGGCCUUCGGCCCCGUCAAUCGCGAGAGGAAUUUGAACUAUUCGUGGCCGGAAAAUAUCCGUGGUCUGAAUAGUGCUCGCGAGAGGCGAAGGGCCCACAUGAAGGCUGUGCUUUGGCGAGAGCAGGUUUUGCUCGAUGACGUUGAUGCCAAAACGUUAGGAAAUGAUGCUUGUGUUCUUGAGCUCACGCUUUCUCAGCGGAGCGCUUGCGAAGUCUUUGCUGCUGCUGUCAAGUCUGUUAAGAGGGUACGGAGACUCAUGCUCGACUCCGGUUGCGGUAUAGACCUUAUUGGUCUCGGUGAUUUAUCCCGUGAGGAAAGGGAUCUGAUCGUUCAGAAUGCCAAGAUCAGCCUUCGGACCGCCAACGGGAAGACUAACACCAAGGGUGUUGCGCACAUGCGCAUCGAUGGUCUCGAUGAACUGAUUGAGGCCUAUGUGUUGGAAAGUACGCCAAGUCUCCUCUCCCUAGGGAAACGAUGCAAGGAGCUUGGUUAUCGAUUCAUUUGGGAGCCCUUCUGCGAUCCGAUAUUCUUUGAUCCGAAGGGGAAACGACUCAAGGUCGACGUGAUCAAUAAUAUUCCCUACCUCGCUCCAAGUGAGACUGAGGUAGUAGCCGGUCGACCUGAUCUCCCUCGUGUGUAUCCGGCUCUCCCAGCACCGAUUAUCGUCCACGAAAAGGUCGUGGCGGCUGGUGAAGAGCCUGGUGGCGAGCUAGACGCCAUUGGAGAACUUGAUCUCGAUAUGCCCAACGCCAAGAACGCCCAGAAGAGUGCACCUGACGAUAGCAAGAAGGUGCCUGAUAAGGGUAAGUCUCAAUCGCCGCGCGAUGAACCUAGAGCGCGCGAUCUGAGAGAGGAGGCGAAGUCGAUCCGCCAUCUUAUGACCCAUCUGCCUAAGAACCCUUAUUGCGAUGCCUGCCAACGUGCGAAGAUGGAAAAUGUCAAGUCCUUCCGCCAAGACUCACCGCGCGAUAAAGGGUUUGAGAAGUUUGGCGAACACGUUACCAUCGACACAAUGGUGUUGCACGGGCUCGGCAAUCGCGGGAAUAAUGGGGAGACGGAUGCUGUCGUCUUCUACGAUCUAGCGACCGAGUGGUUGGAGAGCGUUCCCGUCAAGGGAAGAACGAAUGCCGACACGCUUCGAGCGUUUCAGCAGGUCUUUGGCGAUCUUCAAGAUGUGAACUCGUUCUCCAUGGAUGUGGAGAGAAGAUAUGCACCUUCUGCGAUUCGGGAAAUCUAUUGUGAUAAGGCCCGUGAGUUCAUAUCGACCUGCAAGAAAGUCGGCAUUUCUGUAAAGCACUCCACCCCGGGAAUGCUGCGGACUAAUGCCAUUGUCGAGAGCAAGGUGAAGCUUGUCCUGCAUGGCGCACGUGUGGCGCUUCGACAAGCGGGUUUGAGCGCCAAAUUCUGGCCUUAUGCAUGUAAGCACUUCUGUCAUGCUCGCAACAUCGAACUGCGCGAGGGCCAGAGUGCAUAUGCGAUGCGAUUUAAUGGUGCUGAAUUUGACGGUCAGAUUCUGCCGUUUGGAUGCCUUGUUGACUUCUAUCCUACGCCGGCACGAAAGCAGACCCGGCGGAGUCAGAGAGAUGAAGUCGUCCUCGGCGAUGGUGAGGAGUACGCGGUACCUGCGCCUGGAGAUGAUGGAUUGAUUGAUGUUGAAAUUGGUUUCGAUGAUGAUGGUUAUCUUGAAUGGAUUGACGAUGGAGGCAACGAUCAAUCUGGCCCUCGCCAGGGCACUGACGUUGAUCAGCGCUUGUCGUCCUACCAACGCCCCAGCAAAUUCUCCCCUACGAGUAAGCCCGGUAUCUUUCUGGGUUAUCAUUUCGAGAACGGGGGCAAGUGGGACGGUGACUACAUCGUCGCCGACCUAGAAGACUUCAAGCGCGAUGCAUUGCGUGCGAGCGUCCAUCAAGUCAAAAAGAUAUAUUGCUCACCCAAGGAGCGAUGGACGUUCCCGAUGCUGGCCGUGUACGACAGGCAAACUCGAUCAGUGUGCAUCAACGAUCCUGCGAUGCAGUCCACUGUGCCCCAGCCAAGCGAGCGCCUUGACGCCUCUGAUAUGCUCGAACUCGAAGAUAUCGAUGAAAUCUUUGCCCUAGACGAGCCGACUCGAAUGACCGAAGAUGAUGUUCGACGGGCUCGUGAGGACGAGUUACGAGCAGAAUCCUCUCAUGGAGGAGGUGUCGAUUACUGGGACUAUGACCCAUCAAAUCAUAAGUGGACGUACAACGUAGUCGUCCCGAGAAAGGCGAUGAUUCAUCCCAGUAAGACUCCCGGCUCUAUUGGCGAAUCGCCUGAUCCGCGGAAACUGAGCACAGUGCGUAUUUCGCACGUUCAGUAUAAGGACAAAAGCCCGGUUACGAUCUAUGAAACCGGGUAUGCCUUCGGCAAGACAAGACUCAUGCAGCUCUGGGGAGUAUUCUCAGAGCUCCUGGUCCCCUUCAUGAACCCUCAGACAACAUCCGGGUUCCGAGCUGUGAUCUGGGAUUGGGAGUUUCACUGGAACUGGAAUGGGAUUGCCAUGUGUGGCUUCUGGCUUGUCGUACUUGCCAUACUGCUCGCCAUCCCCUCCCUCGGCCUCCUUCCCUGGAGCCGCGAGUCUGUGAAGAGACACAGCUGCAUGUGGUCUGCAGCAACCGAGUUGGCACAACUGGCAGAGGACACGGCCGGCUGCUUGGAGUAUUUGUUGACAAUCCUCCAGCAGGAAGCUUGGAAGUUUCCCUUCCACGCAGACAGUUCCAACUUCUACAUCCGACAGCUGGGCAUGCGCCGAACCACCGCAGAGGCGCUCUUGGACCAGGUCGCGUGGGAGUCGUGGGUUUCUGGCCACACACGGGAGCAACACAAGAACCUGCAAAAAGUUGCUGCGUUUCUGCGGCAGCUACGGCAGCUCCUCCGCAUCCAGAGUGGCUUGAUGCGCUACCUCGGACAGUCCACUGGCAGGGGCGAGCAGUGCUCGAGGAAGGACUUCGUGCUUGCCUGCAGCGAGGGCCUCGCCGCGGUGGCUCGGGAUUGCCGGGACAAGGCAGACAUCAGCACGGAGACACGUCUGGAGCUGCAGCACCUCGCAAAGAAAGCAGACGAAGUGCUCUGCAAGGCUCUGGAGAAGCAGGCCAAACCCGAGAAUGCCUUCUCCUCUGAGAUGGCCUUCCUGGACCAGCUCCGCUCCUGGCCCGCUGCCAUCAGCGCUUUCGAUAACGAUGCUGCACCGAGCGCAUCUGGGGGCAAGGACGCGAACAGUCGCCAUUGGUUUGCCCUUCGGAACACUGUGUCCUGGACGCUGGCACUUCUUUGGUCGGUAUAUUCUCGCGGCUACAGCAUGGGUUGUGUGGUUGCUACCUCCUUCAUUUUCUCAGAAACAUCUGGCUCAUCGUUCGACACGAACAUCAACCGCAUUCUGGGAGUGGGCAUGGGGCUGGCAGUGGGCAAUGUUCCCGCCAUACUUAUCCUCAGUGGGACGAGCGCAAAGAACACAUCCUCGAUGUUGCGCUUCUUCGCAUACUUCGUCGUCAUGUUCAUCAUGUGGACUCUAGCCAUGUUUGGGUACUUGGCCCGCGGCUCCAAGUACUACCGUGCCUGCCUUCUGUGGGUGGGCUAUGGCGGAGUGCAGAUGCUAAGACACCUCCCUCAGUUUGACCAGCCUGAUGCGGAGCUGUUCCUUGCCAUCCUGGAUAACAUUGUGGCCAUCAUGGUUGUCUUCAUCGUUGACAUGGUUUUUUUUGCCUACGUCCAGGGCAACAGCACCGAGGAGCAGGUCAAGGCGGCCGUGACUCGCUGCGCCCAGCAUGUCGCCAACGCCGUCGAGACGUUGCAGGCCAAGAUGCUGCAUGCUGCUCUUGAGUUCCAACUCGCUUCGGAUGCACAGGGGGCUUUGCCACUUCAGCCCAGCAUGGUGAUCAAGGUUGAUUGCGACAUGGCCGUUGAGUCCAUAGCCACCAAGCCCAUCGAAGGGCAGAAGCCCGGCACCUCGGGCCUUCGGAAGAAGACCAAGGUCUUCAUGGAGGGCACUUACCUGGCCAACUAUGUGCAGAGUGUUUUCAACACCCUGCUCGAGUCGGGUGUGCCUGUGUCUGGAGGCACUUUGGUUGUCUCUGGCGACGGCCGCUUCUGGAAUCCGGAAGCAAUCCAGAUCAUUAUCAAGAUGGCGUUCGCUGCAGGAGUGGGGCGGGUUUGGUGUGGCACGGGUGGCCUCCUGUCAACACCAGCCACCUCGGCAGUCAUCCGCUGCCGCGGGAAGGGCAUGGAGCCCUUCGGUGGAUUCAUUUGCUCAGCGUCGCACAACCCGGGCGGAAUCAACGACGAUUUUGGUAUCAAGUAUAACUGCGAGAAUGGUGGCCCCGCCCCUGAGAAGCUCACUGACAAGAUGGUCGAGUGGACGGCCAAGCUCAGCGAGUUGAAGACAUGCAGCAGAAUUCCAGACUUUGACCUGUCCAAGCCGCAGAUCUAUGAGCUCCCAGGUGGCAAAAGUGUGGAGAUCUUCGAUUGCGCCGAGGACCACAUGGCGGUGCUGAAGCAGUGCUUUGACUUCGAAUCCAUCAAGAAGCUGAUGGUGCACCCAGAGUUCAGCAUAACCUACGACUCCAUGUCUGGUGUGCAGGGGCCGUAUGCGCUGGGUAUCUUGGAAGGACCUCGUAGUUUGACGCUUGUCUUUGCCCCGUCGUUUCUGCGACAUCUUUCGCAAAGAGAGCUGGGCGCUCCAGCUGGAAGCUGCAAGAAUGCGAGUCCGAAGCCGGACUUCGGAGGUCCGGAGUCCGCUUGGCACGGCCACGCGGAUCCGAACCUGACCUACGCCGUCGAGCUUGUGGCCGACAUGGGCCUGAACAAGGAGGGCCAAAAGGUGGAAACCGGCAAAGCCAUCCCGAAGUUCGGUGCCGCGGCUGAUGGCGAUGCCGAUCGCAACAUGAUCCUCAGCUCCCAGUUCUUCGUGUCACCCUCGGACUCUUUGGCCAUGAUCGUGGCCAACUCCCACUUGAUCCCUCAGUUCAAGGAUGGACUGAGAGGCUGCGCAAGGUCCAUGCCCACCUCGGCAGCCCUGGACCUGGUCGCCGAGAAGAAGAGGAUCCCAUGCUUUGAGGUGCCCACAGGUUGGAAGUUCUUCGGAAACCUCAUGGACAGUGGGACGAGCUACUUCCCGGGCAAGGAGACUUACACCCCUUUCAUCUGCGGUGAGGAGUCCUUCGGAACUGGCGCCGACCAUGUUCGGGAAAAGGAUGGCAUGUGGGCUGUACUUGCGUGGCUGCAGAUCCUGGCGAAAAAGACGGAGGAGGCAGGGAAGCUCAUCACCGUAGAGGACGUGGCCAUGGCUCACUGGCAAGAGUACGGGCGCAACUACUACGCUCGCUACGAUUACGAAGGAGUCGACAAGCAGAAGGCAGAGGAGAUGUUUGCAGCCAUGGAGGCCAAGACGGGAGAGCUGGCUGGGCAAGAGCUCGGUGGGAUGAAGAUUAAGAUCAACGACAUGUUUGAAUACACGGACCCGGUCGAUGGAAGCGUCUCCAAGAGGCAGGGCCUCCGCUUUAUCUUCGAAGACAACUCACGAAUUGUGUUCCGAUUGUCCGGCACUGGAGUGGCUGGGGCAACUGUGCGGCUCUACCUCGAGAAGUACGAGCCGCCCAGUGGCAACCUGUCCCUGCACCAGUUUGAGGUGGUGAAACCACUGGCAGCCAUCGCCCUUGAGCUUUCACAGUUGCAGGCCUUCACAGGCCGUGAGAGCCCGACUGUCAUCACCUGA